AUGGUGCGUGAGACCCCCCGGCCCGAGCGCGGCCCCGGCCCCGACACCGCCCCCCCCGGGGGACCCCGCACCGGCCCCCGACACCGCACGGCCCCGAACGCCGCGGGCAGCGGCUGCGCCCGCCUUCCCGGGCCUAACAGACGCCCAUCAGUUUAUCUGCCCACGAGAGAGUUCCCCUCCGAACAAAUCAUAGUAACAGAAAAGACAAAUAUCCUCUUGCGUUAUUUACACCAGCAGUGGGACAAAAAGAAUGCGGCGAAGAAGCGAGACCAGGAGCAGGUGGAGAUCGAGGGGGAGAACUCGGCGCCUCCGCGGAAGAUCGCGCGGACGGACAGCCAGGACAUGAACGAGGACACUUAAAAACCCCGGGCUCUCCCUCCACUCCUUCGGCGCUUCCCGCUCUGUCUCCAAGUGUGUAAAUUUGGCCCCUCUCCCCAUCCACCACCACCUCUUUUUUCCUCCCCACCCCGUCCCCUCCCCAUGGCGCAGCCCAAACCACUUCUGACUUCACGGGAGCCAAUGUAUUUAUUUUAUUUUUUUUCUCCCCCCGCCACCUCCUCCAGUCGUUGGUUUUUUUUUUUGUUCUUUUUUUUUUUUUUU